UUUUUUUUUCGCUCGGUGUGGAGUGUGAAGUAGCUUUACGGCCAAGCGUUGAACCCGACCACCGAAGGACGUAAUGCCUACCUCUAAGCUAAUUUAUCAUUAUCCUUCUGGCUUCAAGACUGUGUUCCAGCAUUUGGAGUGGCAGCAGCAUAACAAUAUACUGUGUGAUGUUCUCCUUCAAGCAGAAGGCUUUGCUAUUUCUGCACACAGCUGUGUGUUGUCUGCCUGCAGCAAAACAUUAAUGGAGUCUUUGACCUGUGUAACUCCAGAAUGCAUGGGGCAAAGGAUUCUUCUUGAGAUCCAGGGUAUUUCAUUUAGCACAUUGUCUUUACUGGUCAACUUUAUGUACACGUUUACCUUGCAACUUUCCUGCGAAGAGGAAGCUCACAUCGUCUUGUUUGCUGGCCGUGCCUUGCAGAUUCAAGGUCUUUGCAAUGCCACUUUGAAAAAGGGCAAGAUUGUUUGGCAGCCAGACAUUUAUACUGCGCUACACAGUAAAGCGGCCAAGGACCAUUCCAUUAAUGUUAUAACUGCAGCAAUAUCACCACUUAGAAAGAAGACCACAAAUUCACACAAAGUUGCCUGUGGUUUGUCAAAUGUUGCUGGUGCUCCACAGCCGAGUACAGCUUCAGAUGCUGCUAUAACUGAACCAGGAGAUGACAUGAUUAUGAUGCAUGAGAGUGAUGUUGAAGCAUGCAGCAGUAUCAGAAAAUUAACCAUGGUAGCCCCUUCAGAGUAUAAUGUACCCAGUGUUGACAGUAGUCGUAUUGGAAUGCUUCUUGAUUCAAAUACUGCACCUGAGAAGCAGCAGACCUUAAACACACCAGAAGAACUUCUUGACCAAUUAAGGCAGCAUUCUGAGACUCUUGCUCCCAGUGAAAGUCGCCCGCCACACCAAAAAGCAGACAGUGUGAUAAACCAGAAGGAGGUGAGAAGUGGAAGAACUGAGCCAUCAAAACAUCUUGAGGAGUUGCAUUUAGAUAGUGGGAAGAUGACACGCAAUCUGUGUAAUCAAACUACUGCCACUGGAGAGAGGGUGAGCUCAGGAUCGUACUUGGAUCUAGAAAAUAAUGUGCCGGUCCAACAAUCUCUGAGCUCUGGAAUGAGUAACACCGUAACGGUACACAGUGAAAAUCAACAGUGCUCUUUACAAAAUGUUUCCCACAGCACCACGGCUCCAUUAUCUUCCUUUGAUGGACAGCAUGCUUCUGAAGAACAAGAAAUGCUUGGCUCUUCUUGUGUUACUAUAUUAGGCAAUAAUACCUGUAGAAUUUCUAGAAAUAUCCCAGCUCAUGUCACAAUAAGGCAGUGUUCUGUUGACAUUGUUCCUUGUGUUAAUGCCAGUGCUGUAAAGAAAAUAUGUAAUAAAAUGUCAGAAGCUAGGACUGAAUUGGAAAUUAAUGUUACAAACCCCAUAGUGACUCUGAAAAGCAAGGAGAAAGAAAGUUGUGGAUCUUAUCAAAUGAAAACAGUGGGGAAAACAAAUAAUACAAUAGCAGAAAGGAAUUUCAAGGAGAAAAAUAAAACCAAAAUUCCGCUCAGGAAGGGAAGGGGUAGGCCUAGAGGGACUGGGAAGGGUUUAACAAGAGUAGAAUUCAUGAAAGAAGGGGAAAAUUUUAGAGCAGCUAAUGUGGAGGAGCAAUCAAACAAAAUACCCAGAGGUAACACAGAGUCUUGCCUGAAUCCAGAGUCUCUGAAACGAAAGUUUAAAGAAAGGCAUUAUAAAAUGAAAACAGUGGGUGAAACUAACAAUAUGAUAGAAGAUAAGACUUUCAAGAAAAAUAAUAAAACCAACAUUCCCCUCAAGAGGGGAAGGGGUAGGCCUAGAGGGAGUAGGAAUGGUUUAAAAAGAUUAGAAUUCAUAAGGGAGGGGAAGAAUUUCAGAGCAACAAAUGAGGAAGAGAAAUCAAACAAAAUGCCCAGAGGUAACACGAAGUCUUGCCUGAAACCAGAGUCUCAAAGAAUUGGAGGUGCCCUUCAAUCGAGGAGGGGAACUCCUCAAGAUCCAACUGUAUUAGGGACUUCAGGGGUCUCAUCUGUGAGGGGCAGGAAGAAAGCAAAAUCGGAUGAAAUUGUAUCAGGAUGUGGGUCAUUCCCAUUAGGAUUUGUUAGAAAUAUCAAGACCAGGCGAAAAAUAUCAGCCCGAAAUCACACAUCAACAACAAAGAUCUGGCUAAAGAAGAAGUCUAUGACUGGUGAUAGCUGUUGGGAGAUUAUCCACCCCAGUGCUUCAAGUUCAAACUUCGGUACCCAGGAAGCACAGAUGAGCGGCUCUCGGUCUCCUCCCCAGUGCAGUAGUUGGACAGGGGGUCCAGUGAACAGUGUGGGGGAGACGGAGACCGCAGUGAAAGAACUUCAAAACUCAGGGCUAAAAGAUCAAGACAAGACUAAUGGUGAUGAGGAAGAGUCUGCAGAGUUUAUUGAGAAGUUCCUGGAAGAUAUCUUGAUGCAGUUUAACUUCUUAGAGCCUAUUAUGAGCCCUGUCUGUGUUAAGACUCCUGAAAUCUUUGAGGAUCUAAACAGUAAUGGAAGAAACCCGCAGAAAACUUCUAGUGUUUGUGCUACCGAAAGCCACAGUGGUGAUUUUAAUGAUGUCGGUGCCGGCCGUACUAUUGCACCCAAUUAUGCCAAGACUUCUUUGCCUAACAUCGAUGCCAGACGGGUAGAAGAUCAGAAGGACAGCAGGAAUUGUGGGAAGGUCUUGCUUGAUCAUGGCAAUGAAAAUGAAAGCUCAUCUGUUAAGGACAUAGAGGAAGGAUUAGGAAACACCAUGUCCUUAAGAAAAGACAGUCAAACAAUUAGUGGCACCAUCAUCCCUGUCUCAGAGACGAGCAUAAUGGACACAGCUCAGUGGAAAGUAAAUGACGCAGAAAACAUUGGUUUUGUUGAGUGCGGGACUGUUUGCUGUCCAUCGUCUUUGCCACAGGAUCCACAGUCUGAAAAUCAUGUUGUGGUGGAAAGGUCACCAGAGAGUACUACCUGCAACAUCCAAAUCAUUCAGCAGCCAGCAAGCCUCAACCAGAAGAGGAAUGCUAGUGCAUCUCUGCUGCAAGAGACAGAAUGCAGACAUGAUGAGGAGACUAUUGACCUCAGCUCUGUUUUGGAGGAGAUCCUUUCUUCCAUGUCUCGUUCACUACAGCGUGAAUAUGGCAAUAAAGAGGACUGUCCUGACGAUGAUGCGACUUGCCUAAACAAGGCAGAUGUGAACAGAACUGAACAACCCCCGGCACUAGAAAGGGGAAGCUACCCUGGCAAUGAUGAGCUCGAAGAAGUGAACUGUGCUGGCCCACGUGCUGCAGAUCAUUUCACACAGUCUAAUCCAGAUUCUAAUUCUCUGUCACUGGAAGCAAAAACGAAAACCUCUAAAGUGGCAGAAAGAUGCCACCCUGUGCAAACCGCAAAUAUUCCUUCAAAGUUAAGCUUGGAGAUGAACAGCAACACUUUGGCAGAAUCUGACGUGGAGUCUCACAAUGUCUUGCUUCAUUCUGAUCUUUCCAGAGAAUGCCAGUGCUUUGUUGGCCAAGAGUGUUUGAAAACUUUUGUCUUAAAGCAAAAAAGCUCAUGCAGUCAACAAAUCCUAGCAGUCACCUUAUCAGAGGAUUCAUCAAGUAAGAGCACAACAGUGAGAACUGAAAAUCUGAGGUGUCUGGAGUUGCUUCCAGAAGCUGUUAGUAUAGCUAAGCAUUGUGAUGGUUUACAAAAUGAGGUCACAUGUGUGGACUGCCAGUCUAAUGGAGCUGUCAAAGUGGAGGACAGCUGCUUAAAUGAGAAGCUAGAAAUGGGUGAUGCUUUUCCCACAAAGGUGACAGAGCAUGAGGACAUUAUGGAGGGGAAACAGAAAGACUGGAACACACUGGACAAAAGCCUGAUACACAGUAUUCACCCCCGGCCAGGUUGCACAUCCCCAGAACAGAAAAAAGCACAACUUUUACAAGAAGAUGGAAAUGUUUUGCCAGCCAAUCUCCUCAACUACCAAACAGGUUCAGAUUUUCAGAGCAAAGAAAGUAAGACCACAUUUGGUAAGCCAGAAACACACACCAAAUGUAACGUCGCAAAAUGGCCACAUAAAGGAAGCUUAUGUGGCAAACGUACCAGGGUUCACCUUCCCCAAGAAGUAAAUAGUGUACCCACCAAAUACUUAAGAAGAGGUGAGUUUAUCUGCCAGCACGCAAGGGCUUCUGAUGUCUGGUUUACUGCUUGUAGUGAUCAACACUGUGUGAAAGGUCACCUCAAUACCAUUGAACUUGUGCUACAACCAGAAUGGGGUAAUUUGGAGGCUACAGAAAACUCUAUGAUAAACCAUUCAGGGGAAGGAACUGAAUCUGAUGAAGGAGAAGUUGAUAUUCUGGGGAUAGAAGAAGACACGAGUCCGGGCAUCUCUCGGCUUGGUCUAGUUGGACUGAAUUCAAACCAAGAUGGUUCAUCCUCAGGCAAUGAGAGUGAAGAGAUUGAUGUGACUGGAUGAGACAACAGGAUCAGAAUUUCAGUAGGUAAAUUUAUAGUUUUUACCAAGUAUCCCAAAUGAGUUCCAAGUCCUGUCCGUGGAAGACGAGUCUAACUAUAAGAAUCCUAAUUCCCACGUAUUUACACUAAUGGGAAGACCAGGAUAUAGAAAC